AUGCCUCGUGUAAAAAGACCCGAUCCCGUCAGGCUGUGGGAUCAUGACCUGAAGUGUACCAACCGGCGUACCGAUCCAGCUCCCCCUUUCCCCCCUCAAGUUCCUCAUAAACUGGUUGACGAUCUCCUGUAUCGUUUGAAACGGAUUACCGUCGGAUAUCUCCAGCAGAAGGAGCUUGACACUAUCACUAAGGAAAUUAACACAAGGUACCGUGAUGAAAUGAAACAAAUGCAGUUCAGAGACUGGAACCAGACUAUCGACAAGAUAUCUGCCGAACUGUGCGAAAAGGAUGGUUGGGGAUCCCGCAUGGUCAAGGUCUCAGUCGAACAGUGGGAGGUAAAGGUUCUGGGAGAGAUUGACUGGGACGAGAUAGAACAGCAGCACGGACCCAGCACCAGCACCUGGUGUUUCUGGUUAUCCGAGAGUCUUGUACCUGCUUUGCAACCCGACAUUGGAGCCGGCAGCCAGCUCGACAGUUCCCAAGAAGUAGCUAGCCUGAAGACCGAGAACGAGCAACUUAGGGAGCUUUUGUCUCAAAUGCUCGAGAGGACAAAGUCUCUGGAGACCGAGCUCCAUUCCACAAGAACAACCCUUGCUAAGAUCAGUACUCUAUGCUCUACCAGCUGUGCAUACUGUAUUGCGAUCCCGGUUAUGUUCGAUUAUGGCCGCUCAGUAAAAAUGCGAUACAACGGCACGCUCCCUGGGCGGCCUGCCAAUCAGUCUGAAUUCCCUCAAACGUUGGCUGAAGAUUUCUUGAAAGCCUUGAGGAAAGAUGACAAUAGGUAUCUUCAUGCACUGGAUAUCUACAAGCUAGGACUUGAGGUUAGCAUGCAGUACCGUACUGCUCAAGAAGCUGAAGCAUCGUCUUCCGAGAUUCGCACUACCAACAGAAUCACUGCGAUUCUGUAUCAAGUGGGCGACAGUGGCCCUUUGAUGUUCAAAGUGAUCGUUAAUCAGUGGGAGAAGAACAUUAUCGAGAAAAUGAACAAGGAUACUCUGGAUCAGCUGGACAUCGCGCAUGCGAAUGGCUAUGGGCCUAGCGAUUGUAUCUGGUGGUUCUGGGUAUCUGCGAAGCUACAGCCCGCAGAUCCUGUGGGUCUGGAAAUGAACCCGGUGAUGCGAAUGAUGCCACCCGAUUACAACUCCGGAAGCCUCACUGGCUCCUUUACGGAGACAAUCCCGCCAUCUAUGCGUGAUACGUCAUAUUCUACCCGGUAUGGCGGCACGAGCAAGCAAUCUUCGAGGAGGACGAACCCGUCUGUGGGAAGCGACGGUAUACCUUCGAAGCGGAACAAAAGGUUUGGCGACAUCAUCGGUGGAGUACAAAUCGGUGGGAUGAGUGGACAGAUCCAUCCUCAAGAGGAAGCAGGGACCGUGAAUUCGGAUUCGGAUUCGGAUGCGAAUGUAUUCACCCCGAAAUCGGACCGCUCUCAGUAUGGCGCGAGCAGCAUACAGACAGGGAGCGAUUGGCACGGCCCUGUCACAAUCAACUCCGGCAACCAUCAGAUUGGUCCAACAUCCGAGAACCACUCAGGAAUUCGUAGAUUCUCGUUUCGAGACUGA